AACCAUAAAGCAUAAACCCAUGUUUUGCCUUCAAUCAAAGCAAAGCUAACAGAGCAAAAAAGUAGAAAAUCCUGAUCACCUAUCCCUUUCUCUGUUCUAGUUUGCUUCCCCCAUUUUCUCCUCAUCCUCUGAAUCUCAUAGCAAAAGAGCGACCCUUUUUAAUCCCUUUCAGUGGGCAACAUCCAAUCUCGAAGCCUCUGCUUACAUGCUAUUUGUGCACCUAAGAAGGUGGCUUUGGUACUCUUAGCAUACCUUCUUGCUUCUCCUUGGUCCUCUUUGAGUUUAUAAGAUCGGUGGGUUUUGGUCUAACUCUUCACUUCUUUUGGUUCUUCAGCAUAUCUGGGGAAUUUUGUGCUUUCUUUCUGAAAAUGAGAAAGCUUUAUAGGAAACUGGUGUUUAUGAGAAACCCAUUAUCAAAUGUGAGGAAAAAUGUCAAUUCGCAUUCAGGAAGGGCAUUUAGUGAUAGGAAAUGGAUUAUUCCAUUUUUUGCAAGCUUGCUUGUAUCAAUAAGCUUGUUUUUGUCUACCAUUUUUGGGCUCUUCAAUGCUCCUGAUGGUGGAGAUCAGUUGCCUUUUGAUAUUAUUUCCUUUGCAAAAUCAGAGGACUCAAGUGGGUAUUUUGUAGAAGCCGAUUUAAAGAAAUCUUUUAAUGUAAGUGGCAAUUGGAAAGUGGAAGCACCUAGAUUAGCUUAUCUUAUUUCAGGGACAAAGGGAGAUAGUCAUAGGUUGUUGAGGACCUUGCAGGCAGUGUAUCAUCCUAGAAAUCAGUAUAUCCUGCAUUUGGAUUUUGAGGCUCCCCCACGUGAAAGGUUGGAAUUGACGGCAACUGUGAAGAAUGAUCCAACUUUCCGUGAAGUGGAGAAUGUGCGUGUAAUGGCUCAAUCGAACUUGGUAACUUAUAAGGGUCCUACAAUGAUUGCAUGUACCCUUCAAGCAAUUGCAAUUCUAUUGAAGGAGAGCCUGGAGUGGGAUUGGUUUCUGAACCUCAGUGCCUCAGAUUAUCCACUUGUGACACAAGAUGAUCUGCUUCAUGUUUUCUCCAAUUUGUCCAGAGAUCUCAAUUUCAUUGAGCAUACAAAGAUUACUGGUUGGAAGCUGCACCAUAGAGGAAAUUCGAUCAUUGUUGACCCAGGCCUUUACCUAUCCAAGAAAUCAGACCUUGCUUGGACCACUCAACGCCGAUCACUGCCCACGACUUUUAAAUUGUAUACAGGUUCGGCAUGGGUUGCACUUACUCGGACUUUUGUUGAGUAUUGUAUAUGGGGAUGGGAUAACCUCCCGCGAACCAUUCUAAUGUACUACACGAACUUCAUCUCCUCUCCGGAAGGCUAUUUUCACACGGUCAUUUGCAAUACAGAAGAGUUCCGUAGCACUGCAAUAGGCCACGAUCUCCACUAUAUUGCUUGGGACAACCCUCCAAAGCAACACCCCAUCUCCUUAUCAACGAAAGACUUUGACAAAAUGGUGAAAAGCAAGGCCCCAUUUGCUCGGAAGUUUGCUAAAGACGAUCCUGUCUUGAACAAAAUCGAUAAAGAGCUCCUAGGUCGCAAUGAUACCAGUCGCUUUGCACCUGGAGCAUGGUGUGUUGGGAGCUCAAAAGGAGGCGCUGAUCCAUGUUCUGUACGCGGUAAUGAUUCAAUAUUCAGGCCAGGACCUGGAGCCAAGAGGCUGCAGGAGCUGCUUCAAACAUUACUAUCUGAAGAUUUCCGGCAAAAACAGUGUUCAUGACAAAGGUAGAGGGUUGGAUAAACCCAAAAUGUAAAUUGCUGUAUCCAUAGACCAAACUUACCAUUGCCAUGGUUGGCAGAAUUUUGUUUCAAAAAAAUCUAAAAGUUAUCCUGAAUUUAGAAACAUUUUCUUUUUCUUCUCAACGAUCGGUCUCCUACCAUUGCUGACUCUAGUACCAAAUGCUAGAAGAUUUAGCUCAAGUUCAUUUCGGGUUUUGUAUUUCUUAAAUCCAGCUGAAAUUAAAGAAAACCACAUAACUCGAGCUUAGCGGAGUUGAUACCUCUGUG